GGACCGGGGGGCCUCAUGGGAGAAGGAGUCAGUGGAACUCCCCUGACAACAACCUGCUUGUUGCUCCUCCUCUCCUCGCAACCAGCUCUCAUCCCCACCCUUCUCCACCUCUUCUUCCUCCUCCUCCUCCUCCAUCCUCUCUCUGUCUCUCAUUUGAUCCCAUCCCUCAUUCCCUGCACCACAGAGGGAGAGCGGGAGCUGAGAGAAAGAGCCUGGGAGAUCCAGCCGCGGUGCAGGCAGCGAGAAAAUAAAGAAGGGUCAAAAGAGGAGAAGGAGAAGGAGAAGCAGAAUCAGCGAUGGCGUUAUCCUGGUGUCCUUUUGCGACUUUGAUGCUGGUUUGGGGAUCUUUGACGCCCCAGGUUCACUCGGCGCUGGCACCGGAGAAUGAGGUGCCACUUCGCCCAACCGCAUGGUUACCAGAGGGGAAGAUCAUGACAGUAACUCUUCCGAAAGGACGAACUCGAAGGUUAUAUUUCACGCUGAAGAAGAAGACCUCUGCGAUGUCGGUGACUGUGAGUCCCUGCAGCCUCCCCAUUGAAUGGAGCCUGGCCGCUCGCACUCUGAAGGACAAACCGCUCAAAAACCUGCAAUGGAGCACCAAGAAAAGCAUGCCUGAGGUGUGGUGGCGAGGCCCUGGCACAGAAGAGAAAAUCCACAGCUUCACCGGUGAUACAGUGGACACCUACAACAGCCCUUCACAUCUCAGCGCUUCUGUCUACGUCGUGAGGCUGCGUUCAAAACAGCAAAGCACCAGAGCUACAGUUUUCCUCCAAGAAGGCCAAGGGCCUUCAGGAAUAUUCCCUCGACUACCAGCUGACCCACGAGUUCACACGUUAGGAGUUGGUAUGACCAGUGUCACCCUCAGCUGGCAGCCCAGUUCCUCCAUAACAAGCCUCCCAAAGGCAAAAAACGGUUACGAUUAUUGCGUGCUUGUUAACUCUCUGCAAAACUACCCCAGCCUCUGUGCUGCUCAAAAGAGGGAGAGAGGGGAGAAAGAUCAGAGUCAAGGCAAGAAGGAGAAAAAGAGACAAGCAACACCAUGGCCAAUCUUAAAAGAGUGGUGGUGGGAGCAGUGGGAGAGUUAUCCCGAGUCCCAGAGUCUGCCGUCUUCACUUGCAGAUGAUUUUGAUAAUCUUCAGUGCGUGUGUCAGGGGACGGAGAACGUUUGCACAGUCUCUGAGCUCCUGCCUGACACCUCAUAUUACUUUGACGUUUUUGUGUUAGAUAAGGUGAAUGGGACCAGCGCAGCGUACAAGGGGGCUUCUGCGCGGACGCAUGAGGAAGCUCGAGCUGCAGUCGUGCCUCUGAGAGAAGGAGAGCUAAGGUGGGUAACCUUUCAGGACGGAGGCUCAGACUCGCAGCAGUUCUUCAGUUUCCGUCCUCGGGGAUGGCAGCAGAGUGGCCUCCUCACCUUGCAGAGCUGUGGUGGGGGUGAAAAGAUGAAGGUAACUGUUUCCAGUAAGGGACGGGUUUUGACCACUCAGGGUGUGGAAACAGAGUUAAUCCACAUUUGGCUCCAAGGAAGUCCUUCCUAUCUUAUCCACUUGCAACAAGAAGGAACUGCAACUAGGAAAGUAACUUCUGUUAAAGACGCAGAGCGACUAGCAGCUCUGAAAGCUUCGGUCAAAAUGCAAGUUUCAUCCGCCUACCAUCGCAGAGGGGUCCCAUCUCUACCGUCCACCUUGCAGAUAAAAUCUUUCAACAGGCUGCGAGGUUGCAACAGCGUCACCCUGGCCUGGAUGGGAACAGAGGAAAGAAGUCUGUACUGUGUAUACCGCAGAAAGCUCAGUGGCUUUGAUGCAGAAACUGGGGGAGCAUCAGCUCUGACCGCACCCUGUCUGGGCCCAGAGUCUCGAUCUGACACCGAAAGGGUUCUCUGCAAGUAUUUCCAAGAGCUGAAUCCUCGACGGGCCGUCACUACAGCUGUGAUUGGGGGCCUGGAGCCAGGAGUGGCCUAUGUGUUUGAUGUGUAUCUAAUGAGACGCUGGGGGAUCCCCAUCAAGUAUGCCAGCAAGAUGGUGAAGACCAGAAAGGAAUGCUGAGCUGCUGCCCCCUAGAGGAGGCUCACAAGUUGUCCCGGUUUACGGGAAAGUGCAUCAGCCCCGGACAUGCUGUAAAGAGACCAAGAGCUCAAGCCAUUUGAUUGUUGUCAGGAGGCAUUUUGCAACAAAACAAAAAAAAAAGAGGAAAUGUUCUCUUGAAGAAAAAAGUGGUCACAUACAAACUCCACUUUAGCAAUGCAAGUGGAUGGCAAGAAUUAGGGAAGGAUGUACACACCAGCAAAAGUUCAUAACAUUUAUAAAACAACUUUUGUGCUCUUGUCAUUUUGUUCCUCGUUGCAGAUCAUCACAAUGACAUGCCAGUCACCCAAAUGCUUCUUCUUUUUUGUUUUUUUUGCCUGUGCCCGGGUACAAUGGAUGGGCAAGGUUUGAGAUGACAGAAAGUCAUUAUAAAAACAACAAAGGAGACUGAGCCAAAGAUGCAACAGAAGCAGAUGGGGCAAUAAUGAGAGAAGAUCUGAGACGUAGGGAUUCGCAGCAUGCAUCUGCAGAGCUGCAUUUUGUACAAACUAAUAAACACAGGUGGAAACGAUCUGAAGAUGCUAAAUUCAAAGUCUGUGUUUGUCUUUGUGUUCUGCUUUCGCAUGAAGAAGUGUGAAAUUUCUAGUGGCUUGCCUCAUUAUCUUUGAUGUAUUCUUGUGCUGCUUCAAAGUCAUCAAUAAAUACUAAGGUAUCGGUGUA